UGUUAUUGAGCCUCCGACAUGGCCACGCCCGGCCCACCUGUGCCCAACCUGUCGCUUCCUACGGUGACAUUGCCUUCACCGACAGACGAGAGCAUGGACGAUAGACCUUCGUCCAAGGAACACCAUGUUGACCACGAGAAGCAGCAGCAUCAACUCCAACAUCACCACCACCACGACAACCACAUUGCGGCAGAGCCAAAGGGGUACUGGGCGGAAUGGCAGACUCGGGCUGGCACGGUGUCGCUGCUGUUUUCGCUACUCAUGCAGCUAUCGUACGUGGCGUUCCCAGCGUACAACUUUUCACUGGCGAUUUGGGCGACGGUGCAUCCGUUCUCGAACCGCCACACCAAGACAAACGUGCUGUUUGUGUCGGUGAUGCUGCUGUCCUGCGGCACGGACGUCGUCUGGAGUAGUCUGUGGACGUCCGGCGCCGUGUUCUACGAUAUGCUGUGUUCGCCAGCUCAAAUUGGCAUACUGCACUGCGACGGGUUGCAGAGUUACCCCGGGUGUGCCACGAAUCGUUUUGUGAUGGUGCUGUUUGUGGCCAACAUUGCGACGAAACUAUGGAUCGCCAUUUCGAUAUGGAAGGCUGUGGCUGUGGCCAAGCCCGAAGUUGUACCCACGGCAGAAGCGAUGCACCUUCCACCGCCUCCUGGAACGAAUAUCUCGGACGCCCCCACCGCUAUCCCAGUCGAAUAGUGAUCAUUUUGUGAAUUCAUAUACUAGGUCGUAAUUAUCGCAGGUUGCUGCUCUACAAUCCUGGAAUGUGCUAAGCUACCAACAUAACGUGGUGUUUU